UCCUGCAGCCGCGACAAAAUCCGCCUCGGUGCGCCGCUCUCGUGCCUCCGCAAGCCGCCAAAUGUGCUGGCUGGUCUCGCGCCCACUCCCGCCAAGGCUGGUUUCGUCGGCGCCGCCCUGGAGGCUGGAUGCCGCGCCGAGCUUGCUGGCGGUGGCCACACCAACGCUGCCGCACCCCGGGCGAAGGUGGCUGAGAUCCAGAGCAAGUCAAGAGCCGCCUCGUCACACCGUUGUGUUUGGAUGGUGCAUCAUGCCACCUUGCGGGGAUGGAGUUUCAAAGGCUCGUGGAUUGACUUGAAUGCGGUCCCUAUGGGUCCGACCGUGGCCUCCCCGUAUACUCAGGCUGCUGGCGCGUCGUGAUUCCGGCUUCGAGGAAUGUCUCCCGCAGGACAAAUCCAG